GGACUCCCAUUAUCAGCGAGAGAAAAAGCGAGGAGGAUUGAAAGGUUGACUCUUGACCGAAUGACCCAAUCAAUCAAGAAUACGUCCUCGAGCAUUCGGGAUGCUAGGCACGGCAUUGAGCGUCUUGAACGCCAAGUCUCUUCUUCCUCAGUACCUACCAACAACAAAGUGGAUGAUAUCGUCUAUAUCAAGGUGCCUGUACCCCGACUUUGGGUCUCUAGCCCCACCAAGAAACGAGGUAUCUUGAGUAGGAAUUGGAAAUUCACCUGGCUAGGCUUCAUCCUUUCUCUCUUCUUCGCCUGGUAUAUUUCCGAAUCCAUCAUGUGCGCACAGUUCUGCCACAUCACGGAAUCCUCAGUACCCGUCCCAUAUCAACUCGACGCUCCCUUCUUCCCCUGGGCCAUACCCACAAUGCUCGAUCAAUGGACUGGCAAUUACGCCGGCGCUGUGUAUGACAAAGUGCGUGUUGCACUUGGGGGUCAGCCCGGCCCAAAAUGGCUACGUGUCAAGCCUGGGCCCAUGGGUGCUUCAGAUUGGUGGGUGGGGAGAAGUGGCCCGAUCGGUAUUGUGAGGGAUCGUCCAGAUAAGGGGGCGAGCAGUAUUUUUAGUGAUGAGAUGAUUUGAUGAUUUGCAUGCCUGUAGCAUUUGGCCUGGCGUCUGAAGUUGUACAUUAUGUGGAAUAGAGAUCGGGCGACUUGGAUUCGGGGUUUGUCUUUGGGUUGUUAUUUGGUUCAAAGUGUCAGUCUGAAGUGGAUAACUCGGACACAUGAACAACGGCGUGGGCGAUGGCUUGGGCAUAGCUAGUUUGAAGUCCG